AUGAGGACUAAAUCUGUCACUCCCAAAGGGCUCAAGUUCAUAAGCAAGGAAGACGAAAAUAUGGCGUGGGCCCCCUUGGAGAAGCGAUUUGAGGAUCUCACCAAGUACACCAAUGGGAUGAAUAAAGAUUCCCAAGAGUUCGCUGAGGAGUUGUUUGAUUUAUUGACCCUAAGGAGGAACAUAAUAGGUGACUCGAUUGAUAAAGAACAAAUGAAGCACUUUUGGGGCCAAAUUUCUGGUCAGAGUUUUGAUUCAAGGCUACAGACUUUCUUUGACAUGAUUGAUAAAGACGAAGAUGGUAGGAUCACACAAGACGAUGUCAGAAAGAUUAUUAGCCUUAGUGCUUCAAUCAACAAGUUAUCAAAUAUUAAAAACCAAGCAGAUGAAUAUGCCGCGUCUAUCAUGGAAGAGUUAGAUCCAAAUGACCUCGGUUACAUCAUGAUUGACGAUUUAGAGAUGUUAUUGUUGCAAGCACCAAAACAUGACGUGAGUCCAGAAAGCAAAAACCUAAGCCAUAUGUUGAGCCAACAGCUGAAAACAACUCAAAGUGGUAAUCCUAUAAGAAGAUGCUUCCCAAAAGUUUUAAUCAAUGGUCCAUAUGGAGGAGCAGCAGCACAAUACUACAAGAAAUACGAGGUGGUGUUACUAGUGGGGUCAGGAACCCCAAUCAUCAAUAUUGUGAAAGAUAUUUUGAAUAACAUUAAAGCCAAAGAUGAUGAAGAGAAUGCCUUGGAAAACGGUAGCACUGGCAAACUACAAAAGAAAAAGUCAGGGCGAACAAACUUUAAAACAACAAGAGCUUACUUCUAUUGGGUGACAAGCGAACAGGGUUCGUUUGACAUGGUUAAAGACAUUAUGAAUGAGGCUGCUGAAAUGGAUGAAUAUGGUGUCAUUGAAAUGCAUGCUUAUUGCACCAGUGUUUUUGAGGAAGAUGACGCUCGGUCUGCCUUUAUUACUAUUCUGCAGUCACUUUAUCAUGCUAGAAAUGGUAUUGAUGUUGUAUCAGGGACCCGUGUUAAGUCUCGUUUUUCUGAACCCAAUUGGCGUGACGUGUAUAAACAGAUCACUCUUAAUCACAUUGGUUCCGGAAUAGGGGUGUUCUAUUUUGGAGAGCCAGCACCAGCAAAAGAGCUGAAACAGCUAGUUCAUGAUUUCUCACAGAAAACAGCAACCAAGUUUGACUUCCACAAACAGAACUUCUGA